GCCCGCCCCGCCCAGAAGCGUGCGGAUUCGCUAUCGGGUGCCUAGAGUGCCGAUCUAUCGGCGAUGAAUCGCCGGUUCCAGGUCGAGGCUUCACCUCUGAGCCAGCACCCUCCCCUUCUCGCUCUCCCUCAGGCGGACGGGCGCUCCCAGCGGCCUAAUCCGCCGUGGGGGGGGCAGCAUGGCCCUGUCGGGGGCGGCCAGCAAGGCCCGCAAGGCACUCGGCCCGCGGACGCAGGCGCAGAGGCGGCCUGGGGCGGCGCCGGCCAGUGGGGCGGCGCCGACCAGUGGGGCGGCACGGAGCCCUGGGGCGGCACGGAGCCCUGGGGCGGCGCAGAGUCCUGGGGCGGCGCGGAGGCCUGGGGCGGCGCGGGGGCCUGGGGCGGCGACGGCGGCGUCUGGCCCGCGUGGGGCGGCAUGGGCGCGGGAGGCAAGGGCGGCAAAGGCGGCAAGGGCGUGGCCUCCGUGGGCGGCAAGGACUGGGCCUGGCCCGGCGCGAGCGCUGGAGGCUGGGGCGACGGCAGCUGGUGGGGCGGAGGCUGGCAGGUGCCCCAGGCCAGCGCGAAAGGCAAGGGCAAGGACCAACAUGCUUCUGGCGGCAGUGGCAAGGACCAGUUUGCUGCCGUCGACAAGGGCAAGGGCCAGACUGUUGCCGGUCCUUCACGGCCGUCCUUCCCGCCCCCUGAGAUGUUCCGUGCCGCGGCGGCUGGCCAGCCAGCACAGACGCACGGCGGCGAAUACAUAUAA